ACUCCAGGUCACCUGCGCAUGUAAGCGCGCAGAAAACAGCGGAUCCCCCCGGAAAAGGCGAUCCGUGGAGAUCUGCGUGGAUCCCUGCCACCCGCGGCGACCCAGGAGGGGACCCUGCACUUCUGCCGCGGCCCAGGCGAGGGCGGCGGUUGUGCCCCGACGGCCCUUCCCUGGCGCCGGGCUUGCCCGGAGCGCCCUCCGCCUCUCUCGGCCCUCCUCCCCCUGCUCCUCCUCCAGCCGCUCGCCGGCUCCAGCCGCUUUCGGCGGCCUCCUCCUCCUCCUUCCCUCCUCGGCUCGGCUGCUGACUCAGCCACAGGGAAAACUCAAAGGGCAGUUCGCCUGCCUGCCUGCCUGCCUCCCGCCGCUCUCGGCAGGACGCGCGGGCGAGAGCGGCCUUUGACGCGCCCCACUCCGCCGCCAUGGGCCCCUGGCCGGGAGCGGGCGCGUGAAGCGGGCGCCCGGGAGACAUUUCUCGCGCUCUCCUCCGCCGCGCAGCCGCCGACCUCAAAGUUGCUCUCCGGACUUCGCCGCCUCGCUCCGCGGGAAGGGGCGCAAGGCAGCAUGACAGCCAUCGCAGUGCAGGUAAAAUCGGGAGCCCAGGAGGAGCCAUUCUUCCUCUCUGGCGGGUGGGACAAAUAUAUAUCUAUCUCUUUUUGUUUGAGCUGGAGCUGUGUGUUUUGUUGGCAUCGCUGUGUGCCGCCGCCGCCGCCCUUUGUUCUGGCGUUGCAGCGCCUCUGCCCGCGUUUCCCCCUCGCCCUACAGGCAGAGCCGCUCAUCGCAGCCCGCGCUUCAAACUAGCCGACUUUCUUUGGCCACCUGUUGCUCGAUGCAAAUUCCCCGCUUAUUAUCAUCGCUUUGUCUUGAAGCAAGGCGGAAAAAGUUCUCUUAUGUGCUAUUGUGUCGAUCCCCCUUGGCUGUGGCCAACUCUCUGUCUCUCCCUGUCGUUUCCUUUAGGAGAGCUUCCCGGAUAGAAGAUCUUCUGUCCUCCUGCAAUCUCAAAAUCUCUCUUUCCAUCGCUCCCUCUUCCUGUAGGUGUGUGUGUGUGUUUCAGAUCCUCCAACAUUUCUCCGAUGAAAAUAGGGACACCCUAUUCCAUCAUAAUAAUGAUUUCACUAUUUAUACACCGUCCAUCUGACUGAUUUGCCCCAGCCACUCUGGGAGAUUUCAUACAUACAUACAUACAUACAUAUAACAUAUAUACAUAUACAUAUAUGUAUAUAUGUAUAUACAUAUAACAUAUAUGCAUAUACAUAUAACACUAAACUUUUUUUAAAAAACUUCCCUAUACAGGGCAGCCUUCAAACAUCUAAAAAUGGUACCUUAUCUCCUUGGCUGGGAAGGGAUCACAUAACUCCAUACCCUCCAACAUUUCUCCCAUGAGAACAUUCCAGGGACAUUCCAGGAUCAAAUCAGAAACCAGGACAGUUUUUGUAAAUCUGGGACUGUCUCUGGAAAAUAGAGACACUUGGAGGGUCUGGCAUUUACAUCUGACUUUGAAUGUCUGGACUGCUUUUCUAGAUUUACAUUCACCAUCCAAUGAGGGAAAUCUGAUGAGAGACAGUAGUUAGAGCGUGGGGGUUAGGGUUCGAAUCCUCCCUGUUCGACAUAAAGCUCACUGGGUGUCCUUGGGCCAGUUGCUGCCUCACAGCCAAACCUACCUCACAGGGUUGUUGUCCCAUUGAAUAUGCAAAGUCUGUGCUUUCUAGCUGCAUACUUCAGGGGUGGGGACUUUUUAAAAACUUGUUUGCUUUCUGACAUUUCUGCCCUGCCUUUCUUCCGCCAUGAAACCCCUUUUAACAUCACGUGUACAAAACGAUUCUGCUCCAGAGGCAGAGCUAUGGUCCGUUGGGGUUUCACUGUGUAAGCUUUUGUCAACUUAAGGACUCAAAUAACAUUCUGAACUUGCUCCAUUUCCUCCCUUCUCUCCUGGAAUGCAAUGAGUUGUUUACAAAGAUCAGUGGCUCUGUUCCUCCCCGGGACAUUAUUACUGAUGUUUCAGCAAAACUGACUCUUGCUCAGUGGAUCUUGUGAGGAUAUUUUGUGCAAGAGCCAUAUUUUAAUAUAUAGAGAUAGAUAGAUAUAUAAUGAACCACAGGGGCUGCAAUUAAGAAAAGAAGAGAUAUAGGAUGUUACAAGGAAGAUAUGCUCACAGCGAAUGUUUUUAGCUUGUGAACUAAGCUCCUGAGAAAUGGGAGCAGGAUGGCAUCAUAGAGAGUUGCUUUUUACUGAGUCUGACCAUUGGUCCUUCUAACUGAAUCCUCUCUGCACUGGCAGCUGCUCUCCAGGAUUUCAGACAGAGGUUUCUCCUUGCCCUGGAGAUGCUGGGAUUAGAACCCAUGACCUUCUGUAUGGAGAGUGGAUGCUCCAACCACUGAGCUACAGCCUUUUCCUCAAAUUCCCAUUUCAGCAGUUUCCAGCAAAAUCAUAUAAAUCUAUGCAUGUGUACACACACACCCUUAAAAUUAUUAAAUAAUAAAAUCAAGCAUUUAAAAACACUUAACCUUUAAGCAACUCCUAUCCAGCAUUUAUUAUUCCUCUGCUGGAUGUCUCAUCAUCAACGCAAGCUCUGCUUGACUGAAUUUCCCAUCUUUCCCCCCAAGUUAUUCCUCUCCUGCUUCACACUCCUUAUCCUUUGAAAACAUCACCAUUCAUCGCGCUGAUCAGAGAGGAAGUCCUGGUUUUCUCUUUGAUACCUCUCUGCCUGGGAUAGCUCACUCGGUAGAGUAUGAGACCCUAAAUCGCAGGGUUGUGGGUUCGAGCACCCACAUUAGGCAAAAGAUUCCUGCAUUGCAGGAGGUUGGACUAGAUUACCCUUGAGGUCCCUUCCAGCUGUACAAUGCAAUGAUAUUCCUUUGCUCCUUAUGUUGUGCCCAUAUCCAAAGCAGCCUGGAUAGCUCAGUUGGUUAGAGCAUGGUGCUGAUUAUGCCAAGGUUGCAGGUUCAAUCUCUGUAUGGGACAGCUGUAUAUUCCUGCAUUGCAGGGGGUUGGAAUAGAUGAUCCUCAGGGUCCUUCCAACUCUACAAUUCUGUGAAAUCAUGUCACAACAUUAUAAAAUGAUGGCCCUGGAAAACCCAUGAGACAGCUCCUCAGGCAAUAAAGGUUAUCUUGAUGGAGACAUCAAAAUAGCCAGGGUCCUUUCCUCCAACACACAGGAAAUCAGAACUUGGUGGAGCUGCAAUGCUCAUUACUAGAAAAGUGUGUAUAGGGAGAAGUAGAACAUUUUAAUCUCUCACUUUUAAAACUCUGGAGGCGGCGUCAAUGACAGCCAACACUUCUGCACAGAACAAGCCAUGGCAAGACAGAUCGAAAUGUUAAGCUGGGGAAGUUUCAAUGCAGCCUUGGGCGGGCGGCCUGGGCAGGCAAGCCUGCAGUGGCAGCGAGGGAGGCAAGUUCGUAAAGUGGGGCAAGCCACAUGCGCAAUAGACUUGUUCCUACACACACAAUUUUAAAAAAAUGCUCCGAUGGUGGGAGGAUUUCCUGGUUCAGCCAAGAACAGGUCUGUGCUGCUUUGUUGUUGUUGUGUAGCGUUUAGUCGUGUCCGACUCUUCGUGACCCCAUGGACCAGAGCACGCCAGGCACUCCUGUCUUCCACUGCCUCCCGCAGUUUGGUCAGACUCAUGUUUGUAGCUUCGAGAACACUGUCCAACCAUCUUGUCCUCUGUCGUCCCCUUCUCCUUGUGCCCUCCAUCUUUCCCAACAUCAGGGUGUUUUCCAGGGAGUCUUCUCUUCUCAUGAGGUGGCCAAAGUAUUGGAGCCUCAGCUUCAGGAUCUGUCCUUCCAGUGAGCACUCAGGGCUAAUUUCCUUAAGAAUGGAUGCGUUUGAUCUUCUUGCAGUCCAUGGGACUCUCAAGAGUCUCCUCCAGCACCAUAAUUCAAAAGCAUCAAUUAUUCAGCAAUCAGCCUUCUUUAUGGUCCAGCUAGUGGGAAAUAAAAACUGUUUGCUAGUAUAUGGUGCCUUGUUGCUUCUCUGAAUAGUAGUCAGCCAGGGCAUUGCCUACAAGACCAAAGAAAGAUGUGACUAAGUGUAGCCUGCUUCACUCUUCUUUUUCUUAUGAAUGAAAUAUGGCAGAUAAUUUACUUUCUUUCCAGACUCUCUUCUUAACAGCAUAAAUGUAGCAUCUCCCUCCCUCUCCCUCUCUCUCUCUGUCUCUCUCUCUCUCUCUCUCUGUCUCUCUGUCUCUCUCUCUCUCUCUCACACACACACACACACACACACGAGAUGUUAUAUUCAAAAGAGUGGUUUGGUAAGACUUCCACUGCUUCUGUGGCAUUUUAAAUGUUUAAUCACUGUCUUCCCUUUCUCACAGCACUCUCAAAUCAUUUGUAUAUUAAGGCUGCGUACACACCAUAGAUGUAAGGCACAUUGCUUCCCCCAAAGAAUCCUGGGAACCCCUCGCAGAUCUAAAGUUCCCUGCACCAUUAACAAACUACAAUUCCCAAGAUUCUUUGAGGGUAGCAGUGUGCUUUAAAUGUAUAGUGUGUACCCAACCAAGCUUGUCUGCACGGUGUAUUUAACCGACUUCAACGACUCUUGCUGUUAUUGAGCAUUCUUUCUAACUGGUCACAACAUCAAUAGCAAUAUAAUUGCUGACUGCGAUUUAAAAGCAAUCUGUGUUGCUUUAAUAGGAGGGGUAUUUAACUUCUUUCUUUCUGGACCUUCUCUUUAAGGCCCAGUGGUUACUCACUCGUAGAAGACGGACAAGAUCGUUUUUUGAGAUGUUCAUCAGGAGCCUGAUUAUCCUCUGCGUUGCGAUAGCCAUUGUCCUGUCCUCCAUUGCUGUGUGCGAUGGGCACUGGCUUUUUGCCAAGGGAAAGCUCUUUGGACUGUGGCACUUCUGCACAGUCGGGAACAAUAGUGCCCUGAAAUGUGCCACUGAUCUCACGUUGGCCAACAUUCGAGGGAUCAACGCGGGAAUGACUUUUGCAAGAAGUCUGGUGUCUUUUGCUGUUGUCGUCGCAAUCUUUGGCCUGGAACUUCUCAUGGUCUCCCAAGUCUGUGAAGACGUCAACUCCAGGAAGAAGUGGUCGAUGGGAUCGAUCCUCGUUCUUCUCUCGUUCCUGCUCUCAUUCACUGGAGUUUUGAGCUUCUUAUUCCUUCUGAGGGACCACAUCACUCUCACGGGUUUCACACUAACCUAUUGGUGUGAAUUCAUUUCUGCCUUCCUUUUCUUCCUGAAUGGAAUCAGUGGACUUCAUCUUAACAACAUCACAUUUCCGUGGAAUAGAAUGAGGAAAAAUUAAAAGAAUGGUGCAUAUUAGCUUCACCAGAUACACAGAAAAGUAAACUGAAGCCUUUCAAAAGGAGACCAAGUUUUCUUAGUUUACAUUAAGAGAAAACAUAUGAAAUGGAUGUCUCCAAGAUCACUUGAUAAUGGAUGCUGGAUACUGGAAGUUGGCUAUUAUGACCUGCUUAGAUUUUGAAUGAUGUAACUCUCCACAGAAAUGGAAGUGCAAAAGACUGGUUUCCUUUGUUUAAAGCUCAUUCAUUUAAAGGUGGCCCAGUAAAAGCAAAACAAACUUGGUUUGCUGGUUUUAAUGCUAAUUAAGGCGCAUCCUUACUGUAAUCUAUCUGGAGUUCUUAGAUUUAUUAAUCAAAAGCCCCAAUCAGGUCACAGUAAAUUGUGACUUAAUCUCAUUAAAACCAAUAGGUCAGAUUGUCAGGACUAAGAAAUCUCACUGGAGGUCAUACUCAGUAUCCAAGUGAGACAAGAUUAUAAAUGUGCUUUGUCCUUUUCAGAAAACUUCAUGGUUUCAUUUUUGCACAUCAGCUGGGAUCAAGAUUAGGAUCAUUUGUACUAUGCAAAAUGUUGAGAAUGCUAACUAGGGUCUCACCUCCAAAUUCAAAUAAUUUGCAUUUUAGCAUAACCUAUUCAAAAAACAUUAUAUGGGCUUUGGUCCUUGUUGUUUCUGCCAUGAGAGUAUAUCUGAUUUAUAUACAAUGCCAACAUUUCAACAAACCAGCCGUGCACUGUGGAGAUUAUUGCUCUCAUCUGAACUGUACCUCCCAUGAAGCUUUUCAUGGUGACAAUUUGGUUUCACGAGAUACAGGGCUUGUCUUACAUCUCACCACAUUCUGGUGUCUCUCUUAACCAUUUUCCAAGUGGGAAAGGAAGAGAUCUCAGGCCAGAGUGCAAGAGGUGGCUGGGCUGCCCUGGAAUGGAUUUCAAUGGCUUUCCAGAUGUGGUUGGACUCCAGUUCCCAUCAGCUGCUGCUGCCAGCAUGGCCUGUGGUCAGGAAUGAUGGGAGUUGUAGUCCAACAAUACAUGGAGGGCCACAGGUUCCAAGCACUGCCCAGCCGCAUCUCCUACCUGGAAGCAGGAUGGCUUGAAGGGGAACCACAGGAAGGCGCAUUGAUGGAGAUGGACACAGACAACCAGACUUUGGUCAUCAUGACAAAGCUCCUUGCCUGAUUUGAACCACAACAAGGAGCCUAAUGACAGUAGGUAUACUCUUAACAACACCGGCCAAAUGAUAAAAUAACACCUGCAGUAUUCAUUUGGUUCAGUAUAAGUGAUUUUAAAAGAAACUUCCUUAAGAUGUCCACCUUUAAUUUUGUAACAUUCAGGCACCCCUGUUGCUGGAGAGCAACACAGAGAAUCAAAAUGCUUAAUAUAUGGGUUGCAGUCUGGAAUUUAUGCUGUAUAAUUUAAUAUUAUGUCUGAUUGCUAUUUCUUUCAUUCAUGAAUAGCAAGCAUGGACCCCAGUCAUUUCUAUCUUAGAGUAAGCAUCUUUACGAAUAAGUAUUAUUCUCCCUCUCCCUUUUUCUUCACAUGAUUCCACAAUCUCAUUAUGUGGCCAGAUGGGUUAGAAUGAUUUCAAUUAUAGAAGAUCCACAACCCUCAUUGGGUUGGAGCCGAAGAGGUGAAUUGGGCAGCUUAGCAGCAACAGAGGCACUUUGCUGCAGAGAGGCAGAGCUAUCUGCCCAAUAUAUUGUUAAAGAGGUCUUUGCUACUCAGAGUUAAUGAGGAAAAAACAAGGCAAACUCUUCCCUAUGGGCUAGAGAUGAUCUUUCAAAACGCCAUCACUCUAUGCAGUCCUCAGAGAACAGGAUGUAGAUCAGGGAAUGCUGUGCUAGCAUUGCCAAUUUCACUUCCCCCUUCUCAAAAUCACAGAAAGCAAAGUUCCUGCUCUCUCUUUCUCUGAAGGCAGUCAUCCAAGCUGGGAGUGUUGUUCAAAUUCUCUUCUUGUUUUUUUAAAAAAAUUAGGCUUUGAUAAAAAUGCUUGGAAAUUUUUUUGUUUGGGUUUCAGGAGUGAUCUAGUGUAUAUCUGCUGGCAGGAUUGUUUUGAAAAUACAUCCAGGGGCACAUGUAACUACCUAUGUAGUUCUGUAUGGAUUGACAAUUGUUUCUUGUGAAACAACAGCUGUAAUACCCUAAAGAACCACCAUUUACCCAGUGCAACCAUUUCGUGACUAGCGGAGAGAGAAGUAUCCUCACGAUCCACAAUGGCUUAAAAGGGGUUGGUCAAGGUGGCUUUUAUGUGAAGCUGUUCAACACACCCGACCCCCAAAUAGUUGUCAAAAUGGUGAGCGGUUGGCACACAUUUGUUCAUGAUUAUGUUGCAGACAUGUUGACCAAUUGUCCACAAAUGGUCCAGGCAUUCUAGGUGAGUUGUCAAAUGGUAGAAAGGGCUGAUGAACGCAAACCCUUAUCAGAAACAUGGGACAGGCCCUCAGAGAGACUGUGCUGUUCUCCAUUUAAGCACAGUCCUUUUAAAAUAAUGGACAUCUGGCAACUGGAAAGAGGCACUAUUGUGCCAUGGAUUUCAUUCAAGGGCAAUCCCAAAUGUUUGUUUAGGAAACAUGCUGUCUUUUUGGAAGAACAGUCUAGUGAAUGAAGGAAUUGUGGCAAGGCUUGGUUCCCCACGGGCCUCCCCAGAUAAUCAUCUUGCAGCACAACAACUGUGCAAUUGUGACUAAUCUGCUGUGUAAGAGCCACAGAAGUGAUAGCUUCCCUUAAAUAAGGACACAUGCUUGGGGGACUUUUGCAUUCCCUCCCCCUAUCACUGGCUGCUUCUUAAGAGUUUCAGCUCCAUUUUUUAAAAAAGCUCAACACUCCAACACUCCCUGAAGUACACAUCAUUCAGACUUUUCUAAAAUUGGCACACUAUGAUAAGGCAUCCCACAUGCAUUAGGCAGGCCUGGGUAUCACACCAUUUCCACUGAACUGAAGCUUUCAAGACUAUCCCAUGGAGGUUAAAACGCAUUAGAGACCCAUUUUGAGCUGACAAUCUGAAGGAGCCCUCCGCGCCAUUCUAUAGCUGGUUCGUCUUAUGGGCGUAUGAUUCCAUUCCUAAUAAAGGCCAUUUUGUCAGUAAAGACUGGAGAGUGUGAAAGCAAAGGGGCGUGUUUGUAUGUGGUCUUUGUCUCAAAUAAGUGUUGUUGUUUUUUAUUAUGAAACCUGCAGCUUUUCUAAACUGUUUUCUUAAAAAAAAAUGGUAAGAGAAUAUAGGAAGAAAUCUCAGAUCUGAAUGUCAAAUGUUCAAUAAACUACUUUGUGAAUUGCU